AUGCAUUUGAGAGCGCUUAGACCAUUCCCAAGACCUUUGCUCAGCUCGAAGAGAUUCGUGUCGUCGACGACGGUGCAGAGGGCCGCCACUGCGACUGCGAGUGCCGCCAACGACCUUGUGGAGGAUGACAUUGCUUCCUCUGCGCAGCAGCAGAAGUUUGCUAGUGAGACCAUCGCCAACAAUGCGUUCAAGGCCAACCCUUUGAACGGUACAAGACCGAUCUACUUGGAUAUGCAGGCCACGACGCCUACUGAUCCAAGGGUGUUAGACAAGAUGCUCCAAUUCUACACCGGGCUGUAUGGUAACCCACACUCGAAUACCCACAGUUAUGGUUGGGAAACUGACAAGGAGAUUGAAAGCGCGCGUAAGAGGGUUGCCGAUUUGAUUGGUGCUGAUCCUAAGGAGAUCAUCUUCACGUCUGGUGCCACCGAAUCCAACAACAUGGCGAUAAAGGGUGUUCCAAGGUUUUAUCAAAAGACCAAAAAGCACAUCAUCACGGUGAAGACUGAGCACAAAUGUAUCCUAGAUUCUGCAAGACAUUUGCAGGACGAAGGCUUUGAUGUGACCUACCUCAGCGUCAACAGUGACGGGUUGAUUGAUUUAGAACAGCUGGAGAAGGCCAUCCGCAAGGAUACAUGUCUUGUCAGUGUUAUGGCUGUGAACAACGAAAUCGGUGUCGUCCAGCCAAUCGAGGAGAUUGGUAAGAUCUGCCGUAAACACAAAGUGUUUUUCCACUCUGAUUGUGCUCAAGCCGUGGGAAAGAUCCCACUGGAUGUCAAUAAGAUGAACAUCGACCUCAUGUCGAUCUCAUCUCACAAGAUCUACGGCCCUAAAGGUAUCGGUGCCAUCUAUGUCAGAAGAAGACCAAGGGUCAGAUUGGACCCAAUCAUCACGGGAGGUGGUCAAGAGCGUGGAUUGAGAAGUGGAACGUUGGCACCACCACUGGUUACCGGUUUUGGUGAGGCCUGUAGACUGAUCAAAGAAGAUAUGGAUUAUGACCAAGCACACAUCAAGAGACUCUCAAAGAGACUCAUGGAUGGCCUACUUUCCAUCGAGCAUACUCAGCUGAACGGCUCAAAAGUGCACAGAUAUCCUGGGUGUGUCAAUGUCUCCUUUGCCUACAUCGAGGGUGAAUCUCUGCUCAUGGCGUUGAAGGACAUUGCGCUGAGUUCCGGAAGCGCGUGUACCUCUGCGUCUCUGGAGCCUUCCUACGUGCUACAUGCCCUGGGAGCUGACGAUGCAUUGGCACACUCCUCCAUCAGAUUCGGCAUUGGACGCUUCACCACUGAGGAGGAGAUUGACUACGUGAUCAAAGCGAUCCACGAGCGUGUGGAGUUCCUCAGAGAGCUGAGUCCGCUGUGGGAGAUGGUGAAGGAGGGCAUUGACCUCGACACCAUCGAGUGGAGUGGCCACUAA